AGUGUCCUUUCUAUAUAGAUCGUGCAUUCCCCUGUAAACGAAGCUGUGAUAGCAGCAAACACGGAGAGCAACAUGGCCGCCUGACAAAACAUUCCGAGUGUAGCAACGAUUGACGACGUCGUAUCGCUUUCGCUCGGACAUGUUGCGCGGUGGUCGCAAAUACGACGUCAUCCCGACCGAAGUUUCUAGCUGGUUUUCGUAACGAGCGUGACGCAACGAAGGAGCCAAGGGAGCCGGAACAAGGAUUCGGAACGGAGUGCGCCCGUGAUUGGAACUCGUGAGCAGUCCAGUCUGUGUCGUGAAAAAUAACAAAUAGGUGUGUGUGCGGUGAUAUCGGUAGCGGGAAACGAUUCGCUUUGUUGGGGAACUUCCUUUGGCAGCGUGCUCCGUCCGCGGGCCGACUGGUAAAAUCCGGAUUUGCGAAUCCGAACUGGAUAAGUAACAACAAGACCGAGAGACAGAAAGAGAGAGAGAGGAGAAUUGAUCGCGUGAGAUCAUGACGAUAUUGUCGAAGAAGAAGGACAGGAGCACGCCGAAGGACAGGACGCGCGAGGGUGGCGCGGGUCCCGAAGACGUUCAUCACGGUGUGGUACAGAACGAGCAUAAUCCAGGCGGCAUCGCCCUGCCGAACAGUCCUUAUCAGGUACGCGGUGCCAGCGGAUUUGCUGUUGAUUUACACGGAGUUCAAACCGACCAUGGAUCUGGCUCUUUAGUACUAGCCGGCAACUCUUAUGAGGCAAAUGUUGACCGCCGUGAGGACAAACAUUUUGAAGAUGGAAGUGGUCCAAGUCAUGGUAAACGUCACCGGCAAAGAGUUAGUCCUCACCGCUGUAUUAGAUCUACACGUGCAAAACGUGAGCGAGAAAGAGACAGAGGUAGAGAAAGAGAAAGAGAAAGGGACCGUGAGAGGCAAGCUACACCACCCGCUGCUUCUUGCAAUGGUCCACAAGGUACAGACAACAAUGUUAAUGGACGAAUGAGCAUUGUUGGAAACGCUUCGAAUUUGGAACAUGAAUUAGCAAAUGGUUACAAUAGUGGAGAUGAAUAUAUGGGACGCAGUGAAAAUAAUCUUACAUUAGCAGAAUGGCAAGAAAGAGACAGGUGGUUUGAGAAACGCAUACGGAAAAAGGGUCUCGUGAUAAAAAAGAUGGCGGAGGACGGAGCUUGCUUGUUUAGAGCGGUAGCGGAUCAAGUUUACGGUGACCAAGAAAUGCACGGGAUUGUACGAAAGCACUGUAUGGAUUAUAUCGCUUCCAAUCAGGAGUUUUUCUCACAUUUUGUAGCAGAGGAUUUUAGCACCUAUGUAGACAGGAAAAGGCAAGAAUAUGUUCAUGGAAAUCAUAUAGAAAUGCAAGCUAUGUCAGAAAUGUACAAUCGUAGCAUCCAAUUGUACUGUUAUAGCACUGAACCUAUCAAUAUCUUCCAUACUAUGGUAGAAAGUGAUAACGAACCGAUCAGAUUGUCUUAUCAGCGUGGCAGUCAUUACAACAGCAUAGUCGAUCCGUACAAAGCUACUAUAGGCGUUGGGCUUGGUUUACCGUCGUACAAUCCUGGUGCUGCUGAUCGCGCCUUGAUAUCUGACGCAGUACGUCAAAGUGAGGAGUUACAUAUUGAACAGACAAUGCUCGAGGAUAAAAUAAAGGCUACGGAUUGGGAAGCAACUAACGAAGCUAUCGAGGAACAAGUGGCACGAGAGAGUUAUUUGCAGUGGUUGCGCGAUAACGAAAUGCGCAAAGCACGAUCAGCCAGUAGUAGCAGUACGAGCACAGUUACGAGCGCGCAACAUAAUCAUUCACACUUUCAUUCACAUGGAGGUCGCGGACAGCAGCGUAGCCAUACCUCUUCUCCCACCACGACACAAACUAGCCAGGAUAAUUUACGCAAUUCUCCGAAGAUCAGCGACGCGAUACGAUAUAGCAAGAGAUCGCCGCAACAUCAGUCGCCUCAAGGAUCCCAUCCUAUUGAUUGUGACUUGAAAACGAUGCAACAAGAACCUGUGCCAGGAAGCAGUAAAGAGGCACAUGCGUCUCCUGACAUUUCGUUGUUUAAUCGCCUUCCUCCUGAAGUGUUUGGUCUGACGGAUUGGGAAGAUAGUCACAUACUUUCACAAGUGUUGGCGACGUCGCAACAAGAAUACUUGGAUAGUUUGAAGCAAUCACGUGUGACCACGUCUGUUGGAAGUGAUAACGCCAAUAAAAUAGAGUCUAACAGUUCUAUUAACAAUUCUUGAAAUGCGAUCGGUUGCGACAAAGUUCAAAAAAUAUCAGAGUAAAAAUAUAUACAUUUAUAUAUUGCAGUAUCAUCUAAUCCCGUAAUGUGCUAGGGCAUAAGGUGAUUUGCUUUCUUAUCCGCGAGUAAAUGUUGCAAUAAUCUCUA